AUGAUCUUCUUAAUGGACCUGCAGAUGAUGCUUCUGGACAUGAUCUACUUUAUCCUGCGUAACUCUGUGCGUUUAGUGCUCAGGCCUCGCACCAAGCCCAUUGAUGGAGAGCUAGUGCUGAUCACUGGAGCAGGAGGAGGCCUGGGCCGCCUCUUCGCUCAAGAGUUCUCCAAACACGGAGCAGAAGUGGUGCUGUGGGACGUUAACAACAGCGCCAACGAGCAGACAGCCAAGCUGGUGAGGGAGCAAGGGGGUAAGGUGCACACCUACACUGUGGACGUCACCAACAGAGAAGAUGUGUACCAGAAGGCAGAGCAGGUGAGGAGGGACCUGGGAAGACAUGUGACCAUGCUGGUCAACAACGCCGGAGUGGUGGCUGGGAAACGCCUGCUGGACUGUCCUGAUGAGCUAGUGGAGAGGACACUCAGGGUCAACUGCCAUGCCCUCUUCUGGACGGUCAAAGCCUUCCUCCCUCACAUGAAAGCGCAGAACCAUGGACACAUUGUGACCAUUGCCAGUGUACUAGGCCUCUUCAGCACCGCCUGUGUUGAGGAUUACUGUGCCAGUAAAUUUGCUGCUGUGGGUUUCCAUGAGUCUUUGGCCCAUGAGCUCGUGGCUGAGCAGGUGGAAGGAGUUAAGACCACUCUGGUGUGCCCCUAUAUAGUGGACACAGGCAUGUUUGAAGGCUGCAAAAUAAGGGAGGAAGUGGAAUUGCUCCUCGCCCCACUAGAGCCACAGUACUGUGUUGAACAGGCAAUGAACGCCAUCCUCAUAGACCAACCACUGGUGUGCAUCCCUCGCCUCACUUACUUACCUGUCCUCUUCAGAGCGUUGUUGCCAUGGGAAUCCAAUGUGAUCGCAUACAAAUUUAUGGGUUCAGACAAAUGCAUGUACCCCUUCAUUAAUUCUGUGAAGACAAAACUUGAAUCUAACCAUGUCACUGAAGUUGCAUAAUUAAGGUAACUAAGAUAUUAACCAAAUAUUACACUUUAAUGUAUGUAAACUGUAUUUAUAUUUAAAACUGCCUUAAAGCUGAGUUUCAAUUGCAUGAUAAGUGAGAGAAUGAAUGGGUUUUAAAAUAUAUCAAAACACAAAUAUGACACUCAGCCAAGUGCUCAUUGAUGACAUGGAUUAAAAGGCAUUCCUUGUACUGGGACAUCGGUUGAAUCUCGACUUGGC